AUCGAAGUUGUCUAUGGAAAGAGCCAAAGAAAGGUGAAGCUAAACAAAAGGGUAGCAUGUAGAUAGCGUUUAUUAAAUUAUAAAUAAAUAAAAUAUACUUAAUAACCGACUUAUUAGAUCUAUGUAUGUGUUAAAAAUAAGUGAAAUUUAAAUAUGUGAUAUGUGUGAAUACUACAAGUUAUAAGAAUGAACCACAAUGCAUCGUGUAAUGGUGGCCAUUAGGAGUAAUAAUUAUGUAUAUUGGCAUACUUACUUCUUUACGGACCAUAAAAACACAUCUAAAACGAGACUGUAACACGUUCGUUCAAAAUUGAUACUUGACAUAAUGUAAGCGAUCAAAUUGUUUGUGAUAUGUGAGUGAAAAAAUAUUGGCCAGUGUAAAUAGCCCAUUUCAUUACCAUGGCCCAAAAUCAGGGGGAGGUUCAAGUGGGCACACCGAAUCAACCCGUCAAAGACAAAGAUAUUUAUGCUUGUUUGCCUGAUAUAAGAGUGAACGGUCCAUUAGGACCUGACGAAGCGUGUCCAGGUGGGGAAGAAUUACGUUGGCUCCCAGCGCAAGCGACAGAUCGAGAUCUUGUUAUGUACUUACGAGCUGCACGAUCAAUGGCUGCAUUUGCUGGAAUGUGUGAUGGUGGUUCUCCCGACGACGGGUGUGUAGCUGCUAGCCGUGAUGACACCACAAUUAAUGCACUAGAUGUACUCCAUGAUUCGGGUUACGAUCCAGGACGAGCUCUUCAGGCCUUAGUCAAGUGCCCUGUCCCAAAAGGCAUAGAGAAGAAGUGGACAGAGGAGGAGACAAAAAGAUUUGUCAAAGGUAUCCGUCAGUUUGGUAAGAAUUUUUUUAAAAUUAAAAAAGACUUACUACCCCACAAAGACACUGCUGAGCUGGUGGAAUUUUAUUACCUAUGGAAAAAGACCCCUGGUGCUAGUAGUAACAGACCUCAUAGAAGGCGGAGACAAGCAUCAUUGAGGCGUGUUCGUAAUACAAGGAAUUCUAGAGCAGGAACACCUAAAGAACAAACACCGGAAAUAACACCUGUACCUGAUACUAAUGGGUCAAGGCCUUCCCCUAACCCUAAGGAAGCUGGGGAAAUGAGUUCUGUAACAGAAGAUGAAAAUUCUGAGGAAGAUAGUGACUCAAGAGAAGCAGGUGAUUUGGCUAAAGUUGACAAUGGCAGAACUGGAGACAACCCAGAAGAUUCACCAAGUAGAAUGCGCACAAGAAACAAAUCUAAAGAACAAACAACACCUAAUGGAAGAAAAGGACAAGAUGAAAGUGAUACUGAUACUAAGUCUAAGAAACCUAGUAAACCUAAUGCACAAAGUACAAAUAAUAAUAUAACAGAAAAAGUUUUAUCUUCGCCAGUUAGCAAAGAUAAAGAUAACAAAAAGAAAGUCACUAAUGGGAAAGUUGAUGUGUCUAAGGUUAAGAAAAGAUUGCCAGAUGACACUAAACCAGAGAUUUUGGAUGGUGAUGUACAAAUGAAAAAGAAGAAGGCCAGUGAUCCUCCUGAGAGCCCAUCAGAAAGUCUGACAAAUGAUAGUUUUUCUGCAAUGGAUGAAACCGAAACUGUAGAACCAGAACCUGAAGCAUGUGACUUUAGCUUCAAUAAAUCUGAGAAAGAAAAUCCUGAACAAAAUAAAGAAACAGAAUUGGAAAAAGGGACAGAAACCAGUAAAUCGGAUUUGGUCAAUGAGCUUCCAAGUAGAGUUGAAAAGGAUCCUUUACCUCCUGUAUUUAAAGUGAUACCUGAAAAGGAUGAUAGAAAUGUACUUGAUUUGAAAACUGAACCGAAUUGCCCCAAGAGUAUAGAAAAUGUUGAACCCCGACCUCAUACAAUCUUUCCCAAAACUGAGCUUAUUAUUCCUAAAGUUACUCCAAUGUCUACAGAAGUUUUGGAGAAAAUCAAGAUUAAAGAAGAAAUUGAUAUUGAUGACCAAACAAUUAAUUUACAAAAAGAUGAAUUUCAGAAGGACCCAUUGUCACACAGUUUUACGGGCCACCCAAUUAAUCAACAGAACAAGCCUUUGAAUUUAGAAAACACCAAUUUCUUUGUUAAAGACAGUCAUAUUUAUAAUCCUAAACUUAGUCACAGUAUCAAAAUUGAAGGAGUGCCAAAUAACAUAUUCAAUCCAGUUAAUAUCUCUAAAGAAAAUUCAAUAAUCAGAAAUGCAAAAGAUUUUGUUGGUGGGAUGCCACCCUUUUCAUAUCCUAAUAUGAAUUUUCCCAGUGAACAUAAUAAACAACAUUCACUUAUGAAUCCAUUGAAAACAGUUAUCAAGUUGGAGCCGAGAGAUGAUACCAAUGAAAUGAAAAGCCAAAAUACACCUGAGAUUUUUACUGCUACUAUUUCAACUGGAAACAAAAUGGACUCACCAAGCACACCAAGGCUAGAAAACUUACAAAGAAUAAGUCCAUCCCCUACAAAUGCUAGAGGUCCACCUUCUCCAGCCCACCUUGAACACUCAACUACUGCUAGCAAUGAACCUGUGUCACCUGCUCACUCACAAGAGAUUAAAUCACAUGAAACAGAUAUUGAAGAGAAACAACCAACUGAUUUAAAGACACAGCCAAUACAACAAAAACAAGAUAUUCAGAAUACAGGCUUGAGACCACCCAUGUUCCCAACACCUGUAAGGCCUGAAAACCUUGGAAUUAGAUCAACUGAAACAUCAAAUACCCCUGGGUCUGUACAGAGUAUGCUUCCUCCACCCCACAGCCAGUCAUCUAUUACUGGCUUAAUGCCUCCAGGACCAUUAAUAUCUGUGGGAAGUGGUUCAAAUGUUGGACCAUAUGGUUUCAUGCCUUCACCAUUGUAUGGACACCCUGGGCAUCCUGGCUUGGAUAAACCAAACUCUAUACCACAAAUAAUGCAACAAGUACCUCAAAGUCAUAAUCUUCAAGCUACCAAUUUGAUGCCUCCAUCUUCAAAUCAAAAUGAUUCAUCAAUGCCUCAAGAUUUAAAAAUUAAGCAAGAGUUACCAGAUAUGCCAGCAAACCUUUCAACUCAAAAUAUGUCAGAUCCACUACAAUCUUUGAAAGAAGUAAAAGUACCAGGAUAUCCAAUUGGUAGUGCUAUAGCACAACAUUUAAGCUCUGAAAGAGAUAGAGAAUCAAUGUCAAGUGUUGAAAAUAAUAGUAGACCUCCAAGCCAACCUACAAAUGAAAAUACUAAUAUGUCAAGUGCAUUCCUGGGGCCAAGAAUAGAAAGCAUUAAAAAGGAACCGGACUUCAUGCAUCAACCUCAUAUAACUCCAGUAUCAUCUAACCAAGUAAAUGUGUCUGAGUCUAUGCACACUAUACCUCCAGUGAAAAGUCCUCAUACUCCAACACCAAUAAAAAGUCAACCAUCUCACAUGAGUGCUUCUAGCCAUGGGCCACAUCCAUCUGCAACAACAUCCCCUUUCUCGAGGCAUUUAACAAGUCCAUCACAGCCCAGACAAAUUUCUGCUUCCCCAGUUCAACCAAACAUACCUGUAUCUCAUUCUGCACUCAAUUUAAUGAAUCCCUCACCAUUGUCAAUACCAUCUACUAUACCUGGCCCAGUAAUGCAUUCCGGACAACAACAUGGACCACAUCCAUCCCAUCCAUUUGCUUCCCCGUUACAUCAUCCCCAUCAUCCACUAUUACACCCUUCUUCUAUUUUUCAAUUGUCAGCUGCAGCUGCUGCGCAUGCUAUGCAUCCUUAUUAUACUCAUCCGCAUCCUGGCUAUUCUAUGCCUUACCCAUAUCCAUAUGGACCAUUACCACAACCCCAUCCAAUACCACCAAUGCAUCCUGCUUCAAGUACGCCAGGCAGGCAUGAUCAAGGAAAGCAAUCUACAAUAGAGUCGACGACAAUGCUAAGUGCUCAUCAUAGCACAAGUUCAUCGGUUACAACAAGAUCACUAAGAGAGAUUUCUGAGAGUACCGAAGACCCCAGAAAUCCCAAUGCGACAACGGAAAGGCAUCAGUUGCACGAAACUACUAUGACGCACCACCAUUCGACAAGUCAUCAUAGCGCUGUUCAUACGAGUACCGAAAAACAGCCAAAUCACGUUGGUGGUGGCACAAAUCAUACAUUAUCUAUUUCUCACUCAACGUCAAGCAGUUCGUCUCAGUCUAUUCAACACAAAAUAAAUACGCAACAAAAAUCUAGUUCACAUUCUAGUUCUCCGCAUCACUUGUCAGCUAGUGUAUCUCAAAGUACCAGCACAUCAUCCAGUGUUAAUGUAUCUAAUAAUCAUACCCAUCAUCACUCACACCAUCUUGCCCAUCACCCAGAAAGGUUAUCACCGGCAGAUUCAAUGCUACUACGCCAUCAUCCAAAAAUGUUACCUGGGAAUCCAAAUCACCUUAUGAUUCAACCUCCAUCGAUGGGUCAUCCGAUGGCAUUAGGAUUACCGCCGGGGCCGGGACCGAGUUCUAUUGAGAGUUUACGUUUACACGCCCAAGCUGCAGCUGGCUUACAAGCAUCACAUGCAAGAUCCGGUUCACCACAUCAAAUUCCUCACGGUCAUCCGCAUAUGCGAGGCCCUCAGCGACCUAUGCCCGACGAAAAUGUUGAAUUGAAACUUGAGACUCAGUCACAGCCCGAAGAAGAAGAAAUUCCAAGUCCGGCGCACAUUCCUCAUGGACCAAGCCCCGAACCGAAAAUCGAAGAUACAGAGUGCCAUAGAUCACAGUCGGCAAUAUUCUUAAGACAUUGGAAUAGAGGCGAUUAUAAUUCGUGUACGCGAACUGACCUCAUAUUCAAGCCUGUUCCAGAAUCAAAACUUGCACGAAAACGCGAAGAACGAUUGCGAAAACAAGCCGAGCGAGAUAGAGAGGAAAGAGAGAAGAUUGCCCAACAAGCGCAUAGGAAAAUAGCCACUCCAGAAAAACCAGAAACAAAGCCGCCGUCAAGGGGUGCUAUUGAAACUAUAACGUCUCCGUAUGAUAGGUUUCCUAGACCACCGGGAUAUCCUGACACCCCUGCUCUACGGCAAUUAUCGGAAUAUGCACGACCACAUGCAGGGUUUAGUCCCGGCAAUUUACCUCGACAUUGUAUGGACCCUAUGCUUCAAUAUCAGCUCAGUUCAAUGUAUGGCGCCGCUGGUGCCAGGGAACGCCUAGAAUUGGAACACCUUGAAAGGGAGAAAAGAGAUAGAGAAAUAAGGGAACUGCGGGAGCGCGAGCUAAACGAUAGAUUAAAAGAGGAACUUCUUAAAAAUAAUGUUGGUCCGCGAGGUCUCGAUCCACACUGGUUGGAAAUGCACAGAAGAUAUGGUAUGCCCCCACCUCCUCCCCAAGGUGCGAUACCCGUACAAUUCGGGCUUUAUCCCCCUGGACACGGACCGGCUUCUCUGUCUCACUUGGAGCGGGAGCGGCUGGAACGUCUGGGCAUCCCGCCAGGCGGCGCCGGCGGGCCGCCGCCCAGCGUGCCCGUGUCUGGAGCGCCGCCGCAUCACCCGCACCAUCCGCACCCCGGCGUCGCGGCCGCGCAACUGGAGGCGGCGGAGAGGCUAGCCCUGGCCGCGGAUCCAAUGGUGCGACUACAAAUGGCGGGCAUCAACCCUGAAUACCACGCGCACACUCACGCGCACACACACGCGCAUUCACAUACUCACCUCCAUCUCCAUCCUGGCCAACAGGCGGCUGCACAGGCACAGCAGGAUGCUCUGAGCCUGGGGCUGGGCGCGGGGGCGCCGUACCGGCCGCUACCCCACCCGGACCUGCUGGGGCGGCCGUACGCGGAGCAACUAGCACAGCAGGCGGCGGCGCACGAGCAGCUGCAGCGACAGCUGUUGCUGGAGCGAGAGCGUGGCUUCCUGCACCCCGCGCACCACGAGGACUUCCUGCGCCAGCAGCGCGAGCGCGAGCUCAAGGUGCGCGCGUUGGAGGAGGCGGCGCGCGCCUCGCGCCCGUAGUGCGCCGCCACGCGCCCUUCCCCGCGCCCCGCCCCGGUGCCCGCCGACGACGUCAUUGUGCUUGUGGAGUGACGGUAAGGACACGCGUCAAGUGACAGUGAUCAAAAUCAGUUACAAAAGCAUUUGUAAUAUAUUUGAAAGUGUUCACAAUCUAGUGUUACGGAUAUUGAAAAAAGAACAGAGGUUUUUUGUGUGUGACCACUACCUGUAAUUUAUAUUUAUAACUUAUUUAAGUUUUAUAAUAUUUUUAUAGCUGCAUGGUAUGUAGUUUGCUUAUUUUCCAUGCUCAAAUUUAUUUCUUAACUCCUAGUCAUAAUAAAAGAUUAUUUGUGAGUAAUGAAAAAAUCGGUCACUCAGUUUUCAUCAGUAAUUUAGUCUAAAUUAUUGUUUGAAUUUACAUAUUUCAGAAUAAGGGUGCUGGUAAUUUUUUAUGUUUCAAAUUUCAACAAUUUAGUUAAUGUAUCUACUUGCAUUGAUUCAUGACAUUAAAAACAUAAUAUUAGUAACUCGGACUAAUAAAUACAGAUGACCUCAUAGCUAGUCAUGCUUGCAAAUUUGUUUCACUUUCAAAUGAGCAUUUUUGUAAUGUAUCAAAAUUCUCAAAAGUAUUUGAUCUGAUUGCGAUUUAAAACCAAUAGUUGUGUUCCGUACACAAGCUCAGUGGCUUCUUAAAGGUAUUUUGUAUACACCAAUAUGGAUAUAAUUAACAUGUGACAAAGUCUCUGUAUGUUAAGUAGUCUGAGAUUAGAAUAAACUUUAACCCAGUGUGUCAGUGACUUGCCUUACUCAACUCCUUGCCUUAUCAAUUUGGCCAAUUCUGAGAUUACUUAAUGUAAAAAAUUUCGAGGUCUAAAACCUCUAUACUUAAUUUAUCUUUUAAAUUUAUCAUUAUGUUAUAAUGUAUUCAAUAAAAGAUAUAAUUUUGAUAAUCAAAUGUUGUAAUUUGAUUUUAUAAAGCAAUAAUUCAAGUCAUUGUGUCUUAACUAUUGUCUGAAAAAGAUAAUGGUUUUUAAUGUUUAUUUGUUAAUGAUAUUUGUAAUAUAGCUUAUAUAACAUCGAUUUUGGCUAUAUGUAUUUUUUAACAAUUGUCUAAACAUAGCAGUAUAUUUAAUAGCUGUUUUAUUUUAAUAAAGUAUAACAGAUUAUCUGUUGCUAUGAUAUGAUUUCUUAUCAAGAUAAUGUAAUAAUUUUAACAGCAAUAAUUAUGUCACAUAGUAACUUAACAUAUACAUGGUUGUUAUAAAAUAUUUGAUUAUAUUAAGAGUACUAUGGUAGUACAAUUCUUUAUUAAAAAUGUUUAUCUAAUAUGUCUGUAAUUUGUAAGUGUUGCCAACAUUAUGAUAGAAAAUAUGUUCAUGAAAUGCAAUUCUAGAACAUCAAUCUAUUGCAAGUGAUAUUAAAUUACAUUUUUAAAAUGCACUAUUUAUUUAUUUCUAGAAAAUGAAUAAUGCAUUUUAAUAACCAGACUCAUCGAAAUGUUGGCAACCCUAAUGAAUAAUUUAAUAUUUUUUAGACACAAAAAAUCGAGGGAAAUCAUAUGACGAUUUUAGCUAGAAGUGAAAACUCUUGUUUUGCUCUGCUAAGGUAUUCGAGGUAUAUAGCCUAACCAGAAAUAUAAAAACCCAUAUUGCAAAAUAUGCAACCAUUUUUAGCGUGCAUUAAAAAGUAAUCUAAUGUUUUUCCCGUUGUCCCCAGGCCAAGGGUUUUUAUAUUCUUAGUUAUGCUAUAUAUGAAAUCUUUUAAAUUCUAGUAAUUUUCACAAAAUGUACACUUCAAUUCAAAUUAUUGUAUUGCACUGUAACUUGUAUUAUAGUUUCACUCGUAACAAAUAGAGCCCUGUUAGAUUUGAAAAGAUAAUAUAGAAUAUUCUAGAUUAUAAAUAUAUUUCACGAUGUCGCUUGGUAGGUGUUACUUUGAUAAUGCCAUAACUUUCCGAUACGAGAAGAGAAAUGAGUAUUAUUUUUAGAGACAAAUUAUAUCUUUUAAUUAAGAGGUUGAGUGUCGAUUUAAAACUUCAUUUAUUUAGACAAUAAGGUUAAAUGGAUGUCUUAGUGCUUUUGUGUAAAUUUUUUUGAAUAAUAUAUGUGAAAAACUC